ACCCUCCCUCCCUCACUUCAAUGUGCUGUGCUAAUACACUCCUAGUUAGUUUGAGCUUUUGAGAGCUAAAGUGUACGAGAUGUUGAAAGAAGAGAUUAGUGAUGCUGGUGGUGGAAACGAUUGGGCGCGUAUCUGCGACACAUGCCGCUCCGCAGCUUGCACAGUGUACUGUCGAGCCGACUCGGCGUACCUCUGUGCUGGAUGUGAUGCCCGAGUGCAUGCUGCGAACCGGGUCGCCUCGCGCCAUGAACGCGUAUGGGUGUGCGAGGUAUGUGAGCGUGCCCCUGCUGCCCUGUUGUGCAAGGCAGACGCUGCAUCCUUAUGCACUACUUGUGAUGCCGAAAUCCAUUCCGCCAAUCCGCUUGCUCGUCGCCACCAGCGUGUCCCCAUUCUUCCAAUUUCAGGAUGUCUAUAUGACCCCUUGCCCACUGACCAUGGCUGUCGAAAAAUGGCAUCGGCGACUGAAACUGAAGAUGGUUUUAUGUGCACAAACGGAGACGAGACAAUUGCCGAGGAUGAGGAUGAGGCAGCUUCAUGGUUACUGCUGAAUCCUGGGAAAAAUAGCACCAACCAGAAUAACGGGUUCAUGCUUGCUGGGGAGGUUGACGACUAUCUGGACCUCGUAGAAUACAAUUCAAGCGUGGAGAAUCAAUUCACAGAUCAGCAUCAACAACAACAUUACGGUGUUCCGCACAAGAGUUAUGGUGGUGAUAGCGUUGUGCCAGUUCAAUCUGGAGAAGCAAAAGAUCACUUUCAGCAGCAGCAGCAGCAACACCAGAAUUUUCAGUAUGGCCUGGAUUACGAUGCCUCAAAAGCUGCAUACAGCUACAAUGGUUCCAUUACUCGCACUGUAUCCCUUUCCUCUGUGGACGUCGGCAUUGUGCCGGAAUCAACAAUGAGUGAUAUCUCAAUAUCCCACCCAAGGCCGCCUAAAGGUACAAUUGACCUCUUCUCUGGACCACCGACUCAGAUGCCAACCCAACUUGCACCAAUGGAAAGGGAGGCCAGAGUCCUGAGAUAUAGAGAGAAGAAGAAGACAAGAAAGUUUGAAAAGACAAUAAGGUAUGCUUCAAGAAAGGCAUAUGCAGAAAUGAGACCUCGGAUCAAGGGUCGGUUUGCCAAGAGAACCGACGUGGAAGUUGAAGUGGAUCAGAUGUUCUCCACAACAGUAAUAACUGGAUAUGGCAUUGUACCUUCUUUUUAAAGUACAGCAAGAAAUGGAGUUAGUAGUAAAGCUCUAAUGCUGAUACCGUGUCUUUCUUAAUAUAAUUGGUCUGAAUCAAUUAGAUAGAUAUGUUUAGUGAUCUUUUUUAUUGUCUAAAUCAUGCUACUGGUAUCUUGUAAUUGCAUGUAUAUCUAUAAUUUUGGAAUUUAAUUCUUUGCAAUUACAGA